AUGAAUUCCAAGCAUGUUACAUAUCCAAUGAGGUUCGGCUCGGAUGGCAAGUAUCUGAAGCCAAUCUUCGGCGAGGAAGGGUUGUCCAUACUCCACAGCGUCACGCAUAUAGAGUGCUCCCCUUACUGGUACCGUUUCUUCGUCAAGAGCUUUCCAUCACGUCCUUGGCCUCUCACAAUCAACGAGCGUCCUUUUACAAUAGCAUCCAAGACUACAGAAGAUUUGCUCCUCACACCUAUCGAGGGCAAGCGUCACGAAAGGACCCGGGGAAGGAUCUCUCUAUUCCAACAUAUCGAGCCUCAAGUACCAAACACAGAUAUCUUUGCUGGAAACCAGAACCUCCAUAUUUGCGUAAAUAUCGAUGCACGCCAAGAUCGUUUCCCAGAGACCUCGCUGCGAGCGAUGGUUCAAGAUGUGACUGAGAUAUUUUUCCAGAUCGUGGUUAGCUUGGGCUGGGAAAUUGAUUUAAAGUCGAAGGCGAACCAGCUUCCUGGCUACAUUGCUUGCUGUGAAGUUGUUGAUACUGGGGUGGACGAUACCAGUCACGAGCGAUGGUCUCAUUGGGGCUCAAGACAGCUCACCGAUCAUCCGUGGCCUGGUCAUGUCAGCGAACUACCCCUAUUCCCUGGAACGAAGCUCCGUGGUUCCAAAGCGCGUAUUGUUCACCCAGGAGAUGUUGUAGGGAUGAGGGAGUUCUUCUUACAAAACAGAAUUGGAAUGGCUGUAGAUGUGGUCCCGGGUACAGAUGUUGCUCUGGUAAAGCUGGACGAGGCUAUCAAUUACAAGAACCAGCAUGGGACUAUGUCAUUUGCGCGGCUACUGGGCGAGGACCCAGAUGAUGCGCUUCCAUGGGACACUAUUGUCAGUCUCGCUACACGCUGGCCUCCUUUUACUAAAGGUAUAAUCGUUGCAAAGUCAGUCAGAGUCGUGCGUAAUCCUGCCACCACUCACUAUCGGGUCUAUCACUGGGCUUGGACUGGCCAACCGGAGGAUGAAAAAGGCCCGAACCUUACGCCAGAAGACAAAAUGGUUGGAGCUGCUGCGAAGAACGAGACUGGAGUUGUGACAGGGUUGCUCCAUUCCAACAAACACGGUCUGUGGGCAGGCUACUCUGUCAUGUCAAGUGCAAAUGAACUGGUGGAUGCCGGUUACAGUUCAGUGAGAUGA